AUGGAAUACGGCGGAGCUUGUGCCCGACUUGAGUCAUUAUUAGCUGAUGCCUUUAAAGGGAAAGGAUUUCAGAAAAUACAUGAAGCAUUACAAGAAAAGGAUGUUUAUCCUCAGAAGUGCAGCAAACAAUUAUUAAACCAACUGGACAAAGUUCUGAAAAAGGAACUGGACAAAAAUGAGUUCCCAAACGUUUCAUUGUUGCUCAGAUGCAUUCAGCUGUACUGUAGAAGUGAUCCUCAGGAAGGCAUGAAUCUGCUUCUUCAGCAAGGAUUGAUACCAAAGAUGGUCACCUGGUUUGAAAGAACUAGAGAAUUUCUGAACCUGAUAGAACCAAAAGAAAGUAAAUUCUUAUCAAGGCUGGUUGAAGACUUUUAUGACACGGCACUGGUCAUUGGCAAAAGCAGCGCUGAAGGGAAGAAACAGUUGCUUGAAUUCUUCAUACCAUACUUGGGACAUGUAGCUGUCGAGCCUAAGGUGAACUGUGCCCUUCGACAGGAGGCUCUGAGAACCUUAAACACGCUGUUGGACAACGUAGCUCGAGAGGAAAGAAAGAAGUUUGCAUUGUCUGAAGAGAUGUGUUCACUUACGAAAGACCUUGCAAAGAUGAUCCUGGAUGUUGGAGACUAUGACAUCCAGGUUGCUAUUUUGGAAGCCCUGUUCAGGCUGAUGUUAAAAAAAUGGAGAGAUGACCUUGCGCAUAAUUGGUUUGAAGAUGAACACAUUGCUAAGGCCUUCAAAGAAAUCACAGAUAGAGACUUUGAGACGGACUGCAGAAAAUUUCUUAAUGAACUAAAUGAAAGACAGGGGGAUAAAAGAAGAGUGUUCUCAUUUCCUUGUAAAGCUGCUUAUGCUGACACGAAUAAGUUAACAAAACCAGCGGAUGAGAAAUUGGAGGAGUUUUGGAUUGACUUUAAUUGUGGAAGUGAGAGUGUGACCUUCUACUUAAAUAGCCCUGAGAGUGCUCUCUGGGAGUCUGUGAAAUUGCCAAAAGAAGAAAUCAGCAGUUACUGUGUGCAAGAGGAAGAGGAUGAAAAGAUCCUUAAAAUUUUCAUGCAGAACCCCACUACAAUCAACAAAAAAGAAGUAACAAAGAUAAAAAUUCACUUUGAUAGCAAGUUUGAUGUUUCGAGUCCACUUGAUAAAAUAUCAGAAAAGAAGAAAAUGGUAAUAUUGGAUAAAGUUGAUACCAAGAUCAGUGAAGAUGGACCGCAGAAAAAUGUGCCUGUACCAAGCAAUUGUGCUGAGUGGAUAAAAGAUUCUGCAGGUACAAAUUCUCUAUCGGACAUUUUUGAAUCACAUCAGAUUGAUGAAUCCAUUACCAUUGCAACAAAAAUGGCUACUCCUAUGGAUGCCUCUGCAGUUGAUAAAAGACAACAAAUGGGGAAAGAACAUGGCCGCCCAGAUCAAGUAUCCAUGGGUCUUACAGCAGUUUCUCUAAUACACACAGCAACUGCGUUGAAAACUCCCCCGCCACUGAAGCCUUCUCUACUGAAACAGAAGAAUAAGACUGUCUUUGUUUCUGGUGUCCACAGUGAGCCAAAUGCAGAAGGGAAAGUUGAUAACCAGACUACAGACACACUCACUUUAGAGAAUAAUGAAAGAGGCAGAAAAAGGAAUUCAAGCAAAGAAAUGACUGAAGCAAAGAAGGAUGCAUAUGAAUUUGAAUACUUAUCUGACCCUGUGGCACACAAUAUGGUCAUUGAAAUGAAGCAUAAAGUCUUUGUCCAGAAGACCCCUUUGCAAAGGAGUUCAGAAAAAGGAGACGUGGAACUGAACAAGGCUGAAGGAAGGCAGUCUGCUAGUUACAAGAAUCAUCUCUUCUCUGAAAGUCACCAUGAAACGCCAAGCAACAGUGCUAGUGAAAAAAGCUGGAUCAUUGACUCUCAGAAAAAAUCUGCGUCUAAAACUGUUGACUACACUCGUAGAAGGCCAAAGGUCAGAAGCAAUUUAAAAGUAUUACCAUUAUCUUCUCCUAGUAGUGGCAGUGAUCACCGUGCAAAAAAAGUUGGGAAUUCAGCCAUGCGCAGUGAAAUGGCCAAGAGAAGAAGGAAACAGAGCACAAGAAUAUAUAACUUCUCAGCAUUGCAGAGAACUGAUGGCUUGGAAAUGGCUGAUGCCACUCUGCCCCUAAGUGGUAUUUCUUCCCUUGACGACUCAGAUGCUGCUAUAAAUAAGAACUAUGAUGCCACAUCCAGUACUCUACCUCUGAAAGAGCAGGUCUCUAGAUCUAAGCGCAAACUCUCAGGCUUCUCAAGUGAUCUCUGUAAGAAGAGAUUGAAAACCAUCAAGAGGAAACCUAGUAAUGAGCAGUCUUCUAGCCUUUCUUUUGAACCAAAAAAACUUUUUGACUCCAUAGAACUAGAAGAAGACAUGAAUAAAGGUCAACCUAUAGAUGCAUUAGAAGAAAAUAUAUCCUGCAUAUUCCAGGAAGACACUGGUGAUGCAGGGGUCAUUGCUGCAUUUGACACCUUCACAAAUGAAUUGAAAAAAAUGUUUUGGACUCGGUACAAGAGGAUAGAGAAUUACACGCAGAAUACCUUGAAGGCACCUGAACAGAACAUGUCGGCGUUAUUGAAUCAGAUACACCAGUGCCGGCUGAAGGAACUGGAAAGUUUCCACAGGACUGUUGUGCGGGAGCUAGACGACUUGGAGAAGAGAGCUCAGUUUCUCUCAGGCCUUGAGAAGGAUACAGUGGAUACAAUCCAUGGAUUCAGGGCCAGAUGGAACAGCAGUGAAUUUAAAGGAAACAAUCCAGGAUGUUAA